AUGGUUCUAGCGCAUAAUAUAAAUGAAGGGUUACGAACCCAAGAUGUUCAAAUAUCUGAAGAUGUUACCUUUGACACGAUGCUGCUUAAACCGAAUACUUUAGAGGGACUGACUAAUUGCGGUUUCUACAAGCCUUCUCCAAUUCAAUUACAUGGCAUACCUUUAGGCAAAUGUGGAUUUGAUCUACUUCUUGAAGCCAAGUCUGGAACCGGUAAAACGGCCGUAUUUACAGUAAUAGCUCUGGAAAAAUUAGAUUUGGAAAAAGGCUUACAAACUAUUAUCAUGGCACCAACAAGAGAAAUAGCAACUCAAAUAUGUGAUGUGAUCACUCAAAUAGGUUCUAAUUAUAAAAAUUUAAAUGUGGAAGUUGUAAUAGGUGGACUACCUUUCCAAGAAGAUGUAAUGAAAUUUAAAAAGAAUGUGCACAUUGUUGUUGGUAGCCCUGGGCGACUAAGACAUUUAGUUCAAGCAAAAAUCAUUGAUGUAACAACAGUUAGAUUAUUGGUCCUUGACGAAGCUGAUAAAUUAAUGGAAAAAAGUUUUCAAGCAGACAUCAACUAUAUUUUUACAACAUUACCUAAGGAAAAACAAGUAAUUAUGAGUAGUGCCACAUAUCCUGAAACAUUAAAAGCUGUUAUGAAUAAAUAUGUGCAAAAUGCUCAACACAUGUGUCCUGACAGUUCUACUGUGCUUCUUGGUAUCAAACAAUUUGUAUCCAUUGUAAACAGUAACACAAAUAUUGUAAGGCAAACACAAUAUAGGUUUGGAGAACUACUCAAGAUAUUAUCAAAAAGAAAGUUUAAGCAAUGUUUGAUUUUCUGUAACUAUCAAGUUCGAGUAAGAGAUUUAUACAGGAUGCUCAUUCGUGAAAAAUGGCCUGCUGAAAAGUUACAUGGUCAACAGGAGCAAAAUGAUCGCUUAGGUGCUUUGAAAAUGUUGCAAGAUUAUAAAUGCAGAAUAUUAAUAGCUACAGAUUUAGCUGCAAGAGGCAUAGAUGCUUCCAACAUUGAUCUGGUUGUAAAUUUUGAACCUCCAUAUGACUGGCAAACAUACUUACAUAGAAUAGGCAGAGCUGGAAGAUUUGGAUCUUAUGGUAUUGCAGUAACUAUACUUAGUAGAGGAGAAGAAGAAAUGAAAUUCAAAAGAAUGCUAAAGUCUAUCAAUGGUUUAUUAGAAUUGAACAAUUUCUGGGAUAAAGAACCGAUAAUAACUCUUGAUGAAUGUGCCCCAUCUGCAAAUGCCUCGCAUUAUGAAGAGCUAGAAAAAAAUGAAGCCUAUCAUGAGUUAUUGAAUAGACUAACAAAUGGGGCCUCUAACCACAUUGAAGAAGCAGAAAGUUUUGAAACAUUAUACAAUUCGUUUCAGCAAACAAAAGAAAAUGAAUUUGAAUCUUUUAAUGACUUAUUAACCUCUUAUGAAACCCAUAAAGAAAAUGUUGAUGAUUUUCCAUAUGAUAAAAUAAGUGAAACUGAAUAUGAAUGUAAACCAACUUUAACUUUAUCAAAUGAUGUAAUUUUAAAACAAAAUAUAGACAUGGAAAUUAACGAAAACUUAAAAAAUAUUAAAGAACUAAUUAAACUCACCGACAAGCCAAAAUUGAUUGCAUCACAACCAGAUAUUAACAAAAAGCCAGAUAUUAUUUUGGAAGCUCCCAAAAAUUACUCUGAGAUGGAAAUAACAGCAUAUCCACAAGAAAAUAUCCCCAAAGGACCAAGUGAUUUAGAUUUGGAUGAAUCCGAUUUAAGUAAAGCAUUGUUAGAAGCAGGACUUCCUACAUCUUUUGGGUCUUCAAAAGACAAUAAAGUUAAAGCUAGGGAUUUUGCGUUUAAUGAGGGAAGUAAAGAAAUCUUAAGAUCAAAUUGCAAUAAAAGCAAGCCAAAGAAGAGAGGGUGCAAAGCUGAAUGUAAACAAAAACAAGCAUCUAGUAAAGUGACAUUUGAAGAAAUUUCAAAUAGUUGUAAGGAUGAUCCAACUAGUAUACUAUCUAAUUCAAUAAAAUCAAACAUAAAAGCCAAUCUUAAGAAAUCAGGCAUAAACCAAAAGAUUGAGUAUUAUGAUACCAAUAGUUAUAAAGGUGCUUACGAAGGUAAUAAUGAUGAUGAAGAUGCACUAGACAUCUAUAACAAAAAUAUUCAUAAAAUGUAUGCAAUUUGGUAUAAACAGCUGAAAAUUCAUGUCAAACAAGUUCAAAUGUCGUUGUAUAUUCAAGAAAUGUCGAAAAUGUAG